GUUGGUAUUAAAUGGAAGGGAAUGAGCUUGUGGCGUUUCACCACAAAAAAAAAAAAAAACCGAUUUUUCCUUCAAAAUUAAACUUUCAAUCGCAAGCGAUGUUCUUUCAGAAUCCAACAUUUUAGAUCUCAACACCCGAUGUCGAUAUUAUCAAGCAUGGACAUGCCUACCAUUGAUGUGGACCUUGGGCCUGAAAAGCUUGAAGAUGAGAAACAGGGAGGUCCCUUGUUGCAUUGUGAUCUUUGUGAUACAGAAGUAGUUCACAAGUUGGCUCAAAUGUUCCUUCCAGGUCUAGCCAGUGCUUGUGUUGAUAACACAUCGGGAGAUCUCUUCAAGACUCCGGGUUCAGUGGCUGUUGAUUUGAGGAAGGAAAUGAUAGAGUAUGUUACCCAAAGAAGUGAAUCAUUUGUUGCUGAGUCUGUUAUCUUGGAAGGUGGUCCAGACGGUGAAGAAUCAGACCAUCCUUUUGAUAUCAUUUCUGAUUUCGUUGAUGACUUUGUGAGUUCAAAGAGGAAUCUGUUUAGUCGAGUUUCGGGAUGGUUGCUGAGUGAAAAGAGGGAAGACAGAAUAGAUGAUUUUGUUCAAGAGAUGGAAAUGAAUGGGUUUUGGACACUUGACAGGAGAGAAACAAUUGCAGAAACUUUGCUCAAGAAUGUUGACUUUGAGAACUCAUAUCAUUGCAACAUGAGUUUUAAUUCUGCUGAAGAACUUGUCAAUCAUGUUGAUAACUGCAACUUUAGAACUAUGAUAUGUGAAAAUGAGGGAUGCAAUUCCAGAUUUUGUGCAGCUCAUUUGAAGAAUCAUGAUUCAACUUGUCCUUUCAAGAUAAUUCCAUGUGAACAGAAGUGUUCUGAUUGCAUUAUGAGACGUGAGAUGGAUAGGCAUUGUAUAACUAUUUGUCCAAUGAAGCUUGUAAAUUGUCCUUUUUAUGUUGUGGGUUGUAGGUCAGCUGUUGCACAAUGUAUGAUUGAAAAACAUCGUUUAGAUGACGUUCAUUCUCACUUGUGGCACUUACUUAAAGGCAUCUACAAGCAAGCAUAUGGGGAUGAUCUUAAACGACGAGUGGAGCAAAUUGUACAGGCAUCAUCAAGCAGCCGUUUAGCAGAGGCUCGGGAUGUUAGAUCUUUAAACUUCAUUGUCAAGGACAUUGAAGCUAAGUUAGGACCUUUCAAAGUGAGUGUUUUGGAGAAAAAUAAUGCAGAGAUUGUUACCAAGAAUGACGAAGGGGAAGCUGGUGACACUGAAAAGAGCAUGAAGGCUUCAGAUAUGGUCAAUUCACCAGAUAAAGCUGAAUUGAGUGACAUGAAAAAUAUGAAUAAUGCAAAGAGUACUACCAAGAAUGAAGAUAGGGAACCUGUUCCUGUUGAAAAUAAAGGUUGUGAAGAGAUGGCACAAACUUCAAACACGACAAAUUUAUCUGAUAAAACUGAAGUUGGCCUCCCGAAUGAUGAGAACAAAGAUGCUGCAGCUAGUGAAUUAAAAAUCAAGGGGGACGAAGAGCACACUCAAACACAUAAGGAAAAAUUAUCAAAUGAAGAAGUUAGUGCCCCAGAUGAGGGCAGUGCAGAGAAUAUCAUCAAAAGCAAAUGUAAUGAAGACAAUAAAUUUGAAGAUAAAGACAACGAACAAAGCAUACAAAAUUCAAAAAUGGAAACCAAGGGUGGUUUAGAGAAUAAUGUUAAGAACAAAGAUGGUGACUUAAAAAAGAGCGCACAGACUUCAGACGGGUAAAAUUUAUCUGAUGAAGGGUAUAGUGUGAAUAGUAAUAUCAAUGAACAGACAGAUAUAGUGAAGACUUUUAUUUAGACUUCCAAUAGUGUUCUUGUGCUGAAUCUCUCUCUUUACAUACAGAAAAGGAUUUCAAUUUUGCUGUAACUGACGACAUGUGCUGAUUUUUCUUUAUGUUUAAGCUCUAAUAUCAUUCAUUGGGUGCCCUUAUCUUUUC